UCUAAUCCUCGGCGACACUUGGACCACCUAAUGUUUAUAUUUACGGCGUUAAGGAGAAACUGUCCUCCAGUUGAUUCGACCAAUCUUUUGUCAAUUAAUAAGAUUGACACCGGCCUACGACACUAGUCACAGCAUCAAUGCGGUAAACUGGCGAAUUCACGUCUAAAAUAUCAAAAACAGUUACAGUGCAGCUAUCCAUGAUCUUAACCAUGACUCAGAAGAUGUUAACUUCACUGGUUUGAACCCAUAAUGGAUGCUCAAAAUCAAAGGCCUUGUGAACUGGAGCCUUAUUACGUGGAUCAGGCCCCAGCCACUGUGUAUUACAUCCCCAACUUUAUCACUGCUUCAGAAGAAGACUAUCUGCUACAGCAGGUUUACAAUUCACCGAAACCCAAGUGGACUCAAUUAUCAGGAAGGAGGCUGCAGAACUGGGGUGGUUUACCUCACUCAAGGGGAAUGCUUGCUGAAAAGCUGCCCGACUGGCUGGCUAAAUAUGCCCAGAAAAUUUCAGCCCUGGGACCUUUUGCAGGACAAGUUGCUAAUCAUGUGUUGGUUAAUGAGUACAAUCCUGGUGAAGGAAUAAUGCCUCAUGAGGAUGGGCCUUUAUACUUUCCAACAGUUACCACUAUCAGCCUUGGCUCUCAAACUCUAUUAGAUUUCUAUCAUCCCAUUGAAAGAGAGGAUGAAGAGGUGAAGGUUUAUUCUCCUCAGACCGAAGAAACCCGUUAUCUUCUGUCUCUUCUUCUUGAACCACGUAGCCUUCUGAUGCUGCAAGAUGACAUGUAUGUGAAGUAUCUGCAUGGCAUCAGGCCAGUGAGAGAGGACAUUGUCACAGAGAAGGUUGCCAACCUAAAAUCAUGUAAUGCAAAACUUGGAGCGGUUUUAAAAAGAACUACAAGAAUAUCCCUGACUAUUCGUUAUGUGCCAAAGGUUUUAAAAACCAAGAUAUUGCUGGGGAGGAAGUAAUGGCAUUUUUAUUUCAUUUAAAUAGAUUGUAGUACCAUUUUAUUUGUCUCCUUCCUGAAAAUCUAGCUUAUUUCAUAGAAUAUAGUUGGAGAUGUACCUCUGUAUUGGUACCUCUUUCAAUGGAUUUUCCUCACACAAUAAAAAAAAUCCUGUCAGUUUGUUCUGUUAUGAAAAGAAUCAAUAUAGUGUGAUACUGCUCUUACUAUGUCCUGACAUCAGUUGCAAUAUCAGUCCCUGAGUAGUGGCGAGGAGCAAGAAUUUUUCCCCCACCUCUUCCGAUCUCUAUUGCCCCAUCCUUCCACCAGUGAAGCCAGUAUUAAUAACUUUACUGUUAAAAUAACUUAGCUCUUCACAGGCUCUUGCUGAUCUGUAUAUUUAAGUUCCAUACCAAGCAAGUCUGUGUCUCAGGUGAUUCAGGCACUGUUAGAAAUUGGUAAAGGAAAAGCUACAUACAACUUUCACAAUCUUCUGAGUUUUAAAAUCAAUAAAAGAAUGUGUGUAUUUUAAUGAAAUUGCUUUAGCUACUGCUGUACACAGUGCUUGCUUUCUAAAUUACAAAUUAGGACCUGUUUAUUGCAUUAUGCCAUUCAGUAAUCAGUUGAAAUGAAUAAAUUCUACAUUAUUUAUUUUGGAAAAUAUCAGUACUGUUUAAGCUGUGAUUACGAACAUGGAGUGAAUAAAUGUAAUUUAGUUUAAACUGAUUAAAUAAACAUCAUUAUUUAAAUUUUAAGGUGUUUUGCCCCACCAGCCAAUAAACCACUUCUAAUCAGUGAGAU